AUGGAGUCCAACUUAAAAGACGGUGUCAACAUUCGCAUCAUGGACUUAAGGGACUAUAAACAAGUGAAACCUUUCCUAAAGAAUGAAUUCUUCAAUGCAGAACCGCUGUAUUUAAGCCUAAGCUGUGGAAAACCCUUUCAACCCCUGGACGAAGAGCAAUGGGAUGAGGAGAACCUAUCGAUGAUCGCUCAGGGAAUGUGUUUGGUGGCCCUUGACGAGCAAGAUGGUAACCGCCUUGUGGGUUGCGCACUGGCCGGAUCCCUAUUCCCUGAAGAUUACGAGAGGCAUCGACGGAUGGCGGAGAACGCGGAUCAAACCAUUUCGGGUCACUUGAAUGUCUAUCUCUACAAGCUCGAAAGUGGGGCCAAUAUUUUCGAGCGGUACGGAAUCUCCAAAGCACUUCUGUCCCGCAUGACCACUGUUGCUGGCUCCAAGAGAGGAAAGGGCCUAGGUUCGCGACUUGCCAAAACUCUGAUGGAAUUGGGAAGAACCAAGGGAUUCCCUGUUAUGGUCGCCAAUUGUACAAGCUUUUACUCUGCUCGACAAAAGGAAAGUCUAGGGAUGGAGUGCAUCUACUCACUCGCCCACGUCGAUUUCAAGGACAAUCAGGGAAGAGUCACCUUCACGCCGCCACCACCGCAUACAAUGACCCGAGUCAUGGCCAUUAAACUGUGA